UUUCCUUGGUUUGGGAUCUUGCUGCUGGAUCCGGGAGAGGUUCUGAGAAGACAAGAGCUAGGGACUGAGCGCAGGCUUCCGCUGCGGCGCGCGAACACAGCCGGGGCCACAACCCCCAGCGUCUCCUCCCGCUCCUCGCCACCCCGGCGGGAAUGUGAGGAAGGAAAGCCCCCAGCGCCGCCGCCCGCCCUCGAAGGCGUCCCAGAGAGCAUCCUGGGGGCCCGCCGCUGGAGCCCCUGUCCCCGCAGCACCGCGGGACUGGAGCGGCGAGGUGCGCCGGGUGCCGCUUCUCGGCUCCCACUCUUCGGCAAGAGCGCGGUGGGGAUCAGCGCUUUCCCCGCACUCGGCACAACUCUGGGACCGGCGGCGCGCGGCUGGACCGAGUCCCGUUUCCCGCCAGCUCACCCGGAGUCGGGAGCAGCCCCUGCCCGCUCGCCUGCACCCCUUAUCGCUCUAGCUUGCCCGAACCUGCCGCUCCUCCACGCCCAGGUAGUGAGCCCCGCGGCUUCAGGUCUCUGCAGCGCCCUCGGCCCCAUGGACAGCGCACCCGUCACCACUUCCUAAGUGCUGGCCCCGCCGCCGUCCAAGCUGCGCACUGGGGUCCCUCGGCUCGCCCCUCUCUGGUGUGUCCGCGAGGCCGGGGAGUGUGCACCAUGAAGUCCGUGCUGUUCACCCGCUUCUUCAUCCUCCUGCCCUGGAUCCUAAUUGUCAUCAUCAUGCUCGACGUGGACACGCGCAAGCCGGCGCCUCCCCUCACCCCGCGCCCCUACUUCUCUCCCUACGCGGUGGGCCGCGGGGGUGCCCGACUCCCGCUCCGCAGGGGCGGCCCGGCUCACGGGACCCAAAAGCGCAACCAGUCUCGGCCGCAGCCUCAGCCGGAGCCGCAGCUGCCCACCAUCUAUGCCAUCACGCCCACCUACAGCCGCCCGGUGCAGAAAGCGGAGCUGACCCGCCUGGCCAACACUUUCCGCCAGGUGGCGCAGCUGCACUGGAUCCUGGUGGAGGACGCGGCGGCGCGCAGCGAGCUGGUGAGCCGCUUUCUGGCGCGGGCCGGGCUGCCCAGCACGCACCUGCACGUGCCCACGCCGCGGCGCUAUAAGCGGCCCGGGCUGCCGCGCGCCACUGAGCAGCGCAACGCGGGCCUCGCCUGGCUGCGCCAGAGGCACCAGCACCAGCGCGCGCAGCCUGGCGUGCUCUUCUUCGCUGACGACGACAACACCUAUAGUCUGGAGCUCUUCCAGGAGAUGCGAACCACUCGUAAGGUCUCCGUCUGGCCUGUGGGCCUGGUUGGUGGGCGGCGCUACGAACGUCCGCUGGUGGAAAAUGGCAAAGUUGUUGGCUGGUACACCGGCUGGAGAGCAGACAGGCCUUUUGCCAUCGACAUGGCAGGAUUUGCUGUAAGUCUUCAAGUCAUUUUGUCCAAUCCAAAAGCUGUAUUUAAGCGUCGUGGAUCCCAGCCAGGGAUGCAAGAAUCUGACUUUCUCAAACAGAUAACAACAGUCGAAGAACUGGAACCGAAAGCAAAUAACUGCACUAAGGUUCUCGUGUGGCACACUCGGACAGAGAAGGUUAAUCUAGCCAACGAGCCAAAGUACCGCCUGGACACAGUGAAAAUUGAGGUAUAAAUUGAAGCAGCAACUGGUGCAGUUUGCCCAGCCAGUGGGUCCAUGUGGAAGAGGAUGUUUGGAGUUUAGGCUGCAGAGCAUUCAGGUAUUGUUUGUUUUACUUCAGUACAACAGCCUUUCUUGUCAUCUGAUGGACAUCUGUUUAAAUGGAGCUUGUCAGUUAACAUAAGCUAAUUGGAUGGUACAAAAUGUAUGUUUUGUCUUCAUUUGUUCUGCAUGUUUUCUCUACAACUAAAUUGGAAGAUUUUUGUACAGUGCCGAUACUGCAAGAUACCACUCUGAGUAUAUAUUUUUUCUUUUUCUCCAGUUUGCUCUUAUAAUUGGCAGACCUGAACAGGUUUUUAAAACAGACAAGUAUUUUGUCAGCUAAACAUUCCUGAUUCCUGACUUUGCAACACUAAGUAAUUUUUGGAAGGUUUCUGGCAGUAUCCAUCAUAGGAAAUAAAAAAUCCACAAAUGAAAAGGUCUAUGGAUUCAUCUGUUUAAUAUAGGGAAAUAACAUUUUGUCAAUACUAGGCACCAUAAAAUGUAAACACAAUUACUGUCAUAAACCUGGAUAUACCUUCAAGGAUUGAAAGUGGCUUUGUUUUAGUUACCCUGUUUGCAUAUAGUGCAGAAAAAGGUCUUCAUGUUAGCACUAUGUACAUUGAGAAGAGAUCCAAAUUACAAGAGAGGCAGAUAAAAUUUGAAUUAUUUAAACAUUCAUUAACUAAGUUUUGGAGUAACAUCCAGGUUUAUCUUCCUUUCACUAACCACACUCCCUGUUAAGCACAUCAUAACAACAGCACAGUGAAGUGAAUGAUGAAAUAAAAGAAUUUUGAUACACUAGAAAACAGUGCUCAGUGAGACAUUUACAUUCUAUUUAUAUGAUUAAACAUUUGAUCAUACAGUACCUUCCUACAGGAUUACUGGCUAAUUUUGGGGUGGGGCUUAUACUGUUAGAGGUAUUACUAACAUGAUAACUACUUCCCUUAUAUGCAAACAUUAGAGCUAUAAUUUUAUUGAGGAAAACUGAUUUUGCAAGUUGAGCAGCUUCUCAAAUAAUGCAGUAUAUGAAAUCAUGGGAAACAUGAGCAAAGCUGCCCUUGACAUAAAAUGGUUUAUCAACCUGCUUUUCACCACAUCAAAUGGAAUCAGUACAGACCAACACGGUCAAUCAGAUCAUUCUUAAUAUGAACAAAUGGGUAAAAAGAAAA